AUGGAGGAGCGCCGCCACCGCCGCCCGCGUGAGCCGCCCUUCGUUGACGCCCCUGCCGAUGGCGUUGGUGUCGAUGCUGCAGCUUCAGCAGAAGCGGCUGACGGGGAGGCGUGGGGGAUGGCCGGCGAUCCCUCGGACGCGACAGAGGCCCAUGUGACGGGGAGCGAUGACGCUGAGCUGGCGUACGGCAGCGCAUUCUACCUGCAGGAGAACUACAUUCAGCGCUUGCGCCAACGACACGUCCGCCGCGGCUCUGCGGAACGCUGCGACGACAACAAAGACGAUGACGGCAAGGAAGGCCAUCGCGACGACGUCGGCGCCGACUUCAAACGGACAAAAGGGGCGCAGCACGAUGAGGUGGAUUUGGUCGUGAACACAGCACUACAGCCACAUUUUUUUCGUCUGGGGAAAGACUUCCCGGCAGUGCCGGCCCCGGCGCCGCUCGAUGAUGCGGAGGCGGCCGACGCCUCCCUGGCUGUUGUUUCCGUGCAAGAGGCCAACGCCGACAUCAUCAUGCCUGUUGUCAGCUCAACGUGCGGGCUGGCGCGGUGUGCCGCGAAGGGCAGCGCCGCACUGGCGCACGUGAAGCGGCAACAAGAGGUGGAGCGCGCCAUGCGGGAAGCCAUGGACACGAGUAAGUCGGACCUCACGCGACUGCUGAAGAAGGGGGAUGAUCUGCAGAAGGUGGAUGUGCACCAGCAGCAAAAAAGCACCAGCGAGGGCUACUGGCCGAGCGCUGCGGAGGAUGCAAACGACGUUGACGACGAGGCGGAGAUGCUGCGCCGGAAAAUACGCAUAGAAACUGCGAGGCUAGAGAAUUCUCUGCGAGCAGAAAAGUCGGGAUCUGCUUCGGCCACCUCAAUUCAGCAGGCGAAUGAGGCUGAGGCGAAGGAAAAGGAAAAGGAAGAGCGGGCCCGCCAACAUGCAAAUGUGCUGCGGAAGCGGCAGGAGAAACUGGAACGCCUCGCGGAGGCAAAGCAGCGGCUGGCAGAGGACAGCAGUAACCUUGACGAUUACACGGCGAGGCGUGCCGCACUAUUGGUGGCGCAGCGGCAGUUGCCCAUUCAUCGUUGCAAGGAGGAGCUGCUGCGCUGUAUCGGCGAGAAUCCCAUCACUAUCGUCGUUGGUGAGACGGGCAGCGGCAAGACAACGCAGCUUGUGCAGUACCUGCAUCAGCGCGGCUACACCCGGGGUGGUGGCAUCAUUGGCUGUACGCAGCCGCGGCGCCUCGCCGCGAUUAGCGUAGCGCGCCGUGUGAGUGAGGAGAUGGGCUGCGCGCUCGGCACGCGCGUCGGCUACGCGAUCCACCUCGACGACCACACGACGGCGGAGACGGAGGUGAAGUUCAUGACGGAUGGUGUGCUGCUGCGCGAGAUAGUGCGCGACCCCGACGUGGGCAAAUACAGCCUCAUUGUGCUGGACGAGGCGCACGAGCGCUCUGUCAACACGGAUGUGCUGCUUGGCGUGCUGCACGCGGCGGUGCGGCGCCGCACGGACCUGAAGCUCGUCGUGACAUCCGCGACGAUGGAUAUUCAGAAGUUUUCGCGCUUUUUCGGCAACGCCCCCUUCUACGAGAUCCCUGGUCAGACGUACGACGUUGACGUGCGCUACGCCUUGACGCCCGUCGACGACUACGUGGCGGAGGCGGUGUUCCGUGUGUGCCAGCUACACAUGCAGAUGCCGUUGCAGGGCAAGCACGACAUCCUUGUCUUCAUGACGGGCCGAGACGACGUGUUCGGCACGUGCGAGCUGAUACGCCGGCGGUUGCAGGAGCUCGACCCGGUGUGGCUCGANACGCUGCUGGUGCUGCCGUGCCUCUCGGAGGCGGCGGAUGCGUGCGCCACGAGCGUGCUGGACGCGGCUCCGCCGGGUGUGCGGAAGUGUGUCGUUGCAACUAACGUCGCCGAGACGUCUCUGACGAUUGACGGCAUCCGCUAUGUGGUGGACUGCGGGUUCAUGAAGACGAAUGUGUUCCGGCCCAAGCUGGGCAUGAAUACGCUGCAACGAUACCCCGUGUCGCAGGCGCAGGCGAACCAGCGCAAAGGGCGGGCAGGCCGUACAACGGAGGGUGUCUGCUUUCGCCUCUACACCGAAGCGCAGUUUGCACACGAGAUGCUUGUGAGCAGUGUGCCGGAGAUACAGCGCAGCAGCAUUGACACCGUUGUGUUGCUGCUGAAAAGCAUUGGUGUGUCGCGCCUCAUUGACUUUGACUUCAUCGACCCUCCACCAGCGGCGAACAUACGGCGCAGUAUGUGGCAUCUGUGGGUACUUGGACUGUUGGAUGACAACGGCGCCAUUACAGAUGACGGCAGACUCGCGUUGGAGUUCCCUCUCGCGCCCUCGCUGGCAAAGAUGCUUGUCANAAGCGCAUCGAGUGGCUGUGCGGUGGAGGCGGCACGCAUUGUGUCCAUGAUCUCUGCCGACCCAAAGGGACUCUUUGAACUGCCUCAGGGACGCGAGGAGACGGCGCGGCAGUACCACGGUCGCUUCUACGCCAACGAGUCCGACCACCUUACGUUGCUACACGUGAUGUCGCACUUCCUCGACAAUGGCAAGUCGCGGCAGUGGGCGAAGGACCAUUUCCUGCACCUCCCUACCCUUCUGCGUGCCACUGAGGUGCUGCAGCAGCUGCUGGAGCGGCUGCGUCAGCUGAAACUCCCUGUCGAGUCGUGUGGUGUUAAGGGCCUGGACCGCGUGCGGCAGUGCGUGGCAAGUGGGUUCUGUCUGCAGUCGGCACGCCGCUCGGGCACAAACUGGAGCGAGUAUCGUCCAAUGCUCAACGCAGGUGUGACGUGUUACAUUCACCCCUCCUCAGCGGUGUGUGCGCGGGCAGAGAUGCCGCUUUAUGUGGUGUAUCACGAUCUUCUUCUUACCACAAGAGAGUACCUCGUGAUGGUAACGGCGGUGGAGCGUGACUGGCUUGUCGGGGCGUCACGUGGGGUGUUUUGGGUCAAGGGAGCAGCGAGGGCCACGUCAUCACUGCCGCCAUCCUCCUCCUCCGCUUGCGAGUCACCCGCAACCGUACUGGCGGGAAGGAGUGGUCCUGCUGCUGCGCGCAGCGAAAUGUCGCUUGGGGGAGUGCGCCAGCCUGCCGCAGCGCGGUCAAAGGGGUCACUACUCCCAUCGAGACGACGACAUAACAUCUGA